AUGAACUCUUUUGAUUGCGGGGUGGGACGUGCUUUCUUGCUGGAAACGGAAUAUUCAACGGAGUCCGGGUCCAUGGACGAGACUGAUUCUGCCAAUCAGGGCCAUAUCCGAGAUAACUACUCCCUGCUUACCUUAAACAGACACAGAAAACUGUGCUCCGUAGGGCUAAAGGGGUCAGGAACCUGGUUUUCAGUGCGUGAAAGUGGACGCAUCGGGGGAGGGGGUGACUGUAUGUGGUAUGUGUUGGACGUCCGAAAGCGCCGCCGGCCCCUCCCACUCAGCCUGGAGUUGGGGUCGGAAAUUGUGACAGGUGCCCUCCAUGCAUGGGCGUCAAGCCCACCCCCUGCUUUUGCGCGGGCAGCGCUGUAUCAAGUCCAGCGGGCGUGGUUCAAAUUUGAUGCUUCCCCCCUGCAAAUGAGGCAACCGGGCAAGUUCCGUUUGUCUCCCGGAAGAUAG